AUGCUUUGUUACGCUCUGUUGCACACGCAUGACGUGGUCGCACGAGAAGUGUAUGGCGAGGAAGCACUUCGUGUCACACCACCCCCGCUCCAGCCUUAUUUGAACGGAGGCGAUGAGGUCGAUAACAUGACCGAUAAUGGAGAGCUUCAACAUGUUACGCGUGUACGACUCGUGCAAUUCCAGAAGAAUACAGAUGAACCAAUGGGAAUAACACUUAAAAUGACUGAGGAUGGCCGAUGUAUUGUCGCAAGAAUUAUGCACGGUGGCAUGAUUCAUCGUCAAGCGACGUUACAUGUGGGCGAUGAAAUACGUGAAAUAAAUGGACAACCUGUGCAGAAUCAAACUGUUAGUCAAUUACAAAGAUUACUGCGUGACGCUCGAGGCUCAAUAACAUUUAAGAUAGUUCCUUCUUAUAGAAGUGCUCCGCCACCAUGCGAGAUAUUCGUUCGUGCUCAAUUCGAUUAUGAUCCAUUAGAUGAUGACUUGAUACCAUGUGCCCAAGCUGGCAUUGCUUUUCAUGUUGGUGACAUUUUACAGAUAAUAAGCAAAGAUGAUCAUCAUUGGUGGCAAGCCAGGCAUGACACUGCAGGCGGUUCUGCAGGUUUGAUUCCAUCGCCUGAGCUUCAAGAGUGGCGCAUCGCAUGCGAUGCUGCUCCCGGUUGUUCCGCUCACGAAGAUGGAUGUGAUGGCUCAGCAGUUAAUUGUUCCAUAUUUAGUCGCAAAAAGAAACAAUGUCGAGAUAAAUAUUUGGCGAAACAUAAUGCAGUAUUUGAUCAACUAGAUUUGGUGACAUACGAGGAAGUUGUGAAAGUACCAGUAGGAGAUCCAACGUUCCAACGUCGUACAUUAGUUUUGCUCGGUGCUCAUGGAGUGGGUCGACGUCAUAUUAAAAAUACGCUGAUUGCAAAAUAUCCCGAUAAAUAUGCUUAUCCCAUACCACACACAACACGACCACAGCGACCAGAUGAAGAGAAUGGCCGGAGUUACUAUUUCAUUUCACAUGAUGAAAUGAUGGCGGAUAUAUCAGCGAAUGACUAUUUGGAAUAUGGUACACAUGAGGAUGCGAUGUAUGGUACAAAGCUUGAUACAAUUCGACGAAUUCAUGCCGAUGGUAAAAUGGCAAUACUCGAUGUUGAGCCACAAGCCCUAAAGAUUCUACGAACAGCGGAAUUUUCACCCUAUGUAGUAUUCAUUGCUGCGCCAUCAUUACAAAAUAUUGCUGAUUAUGAUGGAAGCUUGGAGCGUUUAGGAAAGGAAUCAGACAUGCUGCGUUCAGCAUAUGGACACUUUUUCGAUUUGACCAUCGUUAAUAAUGAUAUUGGUGAAACGAUAGCAAAACUUGAGAAUGCCAUCGAUACGGUUCAAUCAACACCACAAUGGGUUCCUGUGUCAUGGUUGUAA